GCAAAAUACAUCUCCCAGUGCAUCGAUGAGAUCAAGCAGGAGCUAAAGCAGGAUAACAUUGCAGUGAAAGCAAAUGCAGUCUGCAAACUUACAUAUUUGCAGAUGCUGGGCUAUGACAUCAGUUGGGCUGCUUUCAAUAUUAUUGAAGUCAUGAGUGCAUCAAAGUUUACAUUCAAGAGAAUCGGUUACCUAGCUGCCUCUCAGUGCUUUCAUGAAGGAACUGAUGUAAUUAUGCUGACUACUAAUCAGAUCCGAAAGGAUCUGAGUAGCCCUAACCAAUAUGAUACUGGAGUUGCACUGACUGGCUUGUCCUGUUUUGUUACUCCAGAUCUUGCCAGGGACUUGGCAAAUGACAUCAUGACACUGAUGUCUCACACAAAGCCUUACAUCAGGAAGAAGGCAGUGUUAAUCAUGUACAAAGUUUUUUUGAAAUACCCAGAGUCCCUCCGUCCCGCGUUUCCUCGCCUUAAAGAGAAACUUGAAGAUCCAGAUCCCGGUGUGCAGUCUGCUGCAGUAAAUGUUAUUUGUGAGCUGGCUCGACGCAAUCCCAAAAACUACCUUUCCCUUGCUCCGCUCUUUUUCAAGUUGAUGACGUCGUCAACCAAUAAUUGGGUUCUCAUUAAAAUCAUAAAACUGUUUGGUGCUCUUACUCCAUUAGAACCUAGGCUGGGGAAGAAAUUGAUUGAGCCUCUGACCAACCUCAUCCAUAGCACCUCAGCCAUGUCUCUCUUAUAUGAAUGUGUGAACACCGUAAUAGCAGUUUUGAUCUCUCUGUCCUCUGGGAUGCCUAAUCACAGCGCUAGCAUCCAGCUUUGUGUUCAGAAGUUGAGAAUAUUGAUAGAAGAUUCUGACCAGAACUUGAAAUACCUGGGGCUGUUAGCGAUGUCCAAAAUCCUGAAAACGCAUCCUAAGUCAGUUCAAUCUCACAAGGAUCUCAUUCUCCAAUGUUUGGAUGACAAAGAUGAGUCUAUCCGACUCAGAGCUUUAGAUCUCCUAUAUGGCAUGGUAUCAAAGAAGAACUUGAUGGAGAUAGUGAAGAAACUAAUGAUUCACGUGGAUAAAGCAGAAGGGACGACGUACCGGGAUGAGCUGCUGACUAAAAUCAUCGAUAUUUGUAGUCAGUCCAAUUAUCAAUAUAUCACAAACUUUGAAUGGUACAUAAGCAUCUUGGUGGAGCUGACCCGGUUGGAAGGCACACGACAUGGGCAUCUCAUAGCAGCUCAGAUGUUAGAUGUGGCUAUCAGAGUAAAAGCUAUUCGUAAAUUUGCAGUGUCUCAAAUGGCCAUGCUUCUGGACAAUGCUCAUCUCAUAGCCAGCAACACCCAGAGAAACGGGAUCUGUGAGGUGCUUUAUGCUGCUGCUUGGAUAUGUGGGGAGUUCUCCGAACACCUCGAGGAAGCAAACCAAACGUUAGAAGCAAUGUUGAGGCCGAAAGUUACAACUCUACCAGGCCACAUCCAGGCAGUUUAUGUCCAGAACAUGGUGAAGCUCUAUGCAUCCAUCCUACAGCAGAAAGAGCAGUCUGGGGAAAAGGAAGCAGCUCAGGAAAUUACACAGCUGAUGAUUGAGCGUUUGCCUCAGUUUGUACAGAGCGCAGAUCUAGAAGUUCAGGAGAGGGCUUCUUGCAUCUUGCAACUAAUAAAAUACAUUCAGAAGCUACAAAUAAAAGAAGUACCUGUAGCUGAGGAAGUAAUAGCACUGUUUGCUGGUGAGCUGAAUCCUGUGGCUCCUAAGGCACAGAAGAAAGUACCAGUUCCAGAGGGCUUGGAUCUUGAUGCCUGGAUCAAUGAACCUCCAUCAGACAGUGAGUCUGAAGAUGAAAAGCCCAAAACAAUUUUUCAUGAUGAGGAGCAAAGGCAUUCCAGACAUAGACAGCCAGAAAUAGAUGAAGAGGAACUGGCCAGACGUCGAGAAGCCCGGAAACAAGAACAGGCAAACAACCCAUUUUAUAUUAAAAGCUCUCCUUCCCCACAGAAGCGAUACCAAGACACUCCAGGUGUGGAACAUAUACCUGUGGUCCAGAUCGACCUUUCUGUCCCCUUAAAAGUUCCAGGUAACUGUAGCUAUGACCAGUAUGUGAAACUGGAAGAAGAGCGAAGACAUAAACAGAAACUGGAGAAAGACAAGAAAAAGAAAAAACAGAAAAAGGAGAAGAGAGGUAAACAUCAUCGCCAUAACUCCCUGCACACAGAGAGCGAGGAGGAUAUUGCUCCAGCUCACCAUGUCGAUAUCAUAACAGAAGAGAUGCCAGAGAAUGCUUUGCCCAGCGAUGAAGAUGACAAAGAUCCCAACGAUCCGUACAAGGCCCUUGAUAUAGAUCUGGAUAAGUAA